UAUAAAGUGAAACUGGUCGCUCGGUAUCAUAGUAGUGGCUUGUCUGGCUACUCGCCUGCAUCGAACGCUAAUGCUUGGAGUUCGUGAGAAACGUCAGUUGUGUGUUGAUAUUCGGGAAUGAAUCAAAUGUAAAAGCCUCCUCCAAGGACCUCCUCCAAGGGUGCAGAAAGGGCAAUAAUACACUUACUUAGAUGGCGGUUUCUAAGAGUGAUGUUGAUAAAGAUAAAGGGUUUGAUACAACGGAUACAAUGGAAACUCCGAUUGCAAUCUCCCUGGCUAUGGAUUUUUGUUUGCAAGAUAUAAUGGCCAAUGAAAAUGGUCACAUGACAUUUGAAUGUGAUCUAUCGAUUUUGAACAAAGUGAAACAACUCAAAGCUUAUUGGUGCAAAGACGGCGAAGUGAUAAAAUCUUCCCGAAGAAUUAAAACGGUAUCCGAUGGAAAUUUUUGGAGACUUUGCUUAACUACCAUCACACCAAAAGAUCAAGGUGUAUAUAUUUUACUUUGCAAUGAAGUUUAUAACCCAGUAUUAUCAAAAUAUGUACUGUACAUUAAAACAGUUAAGCCAAAAAUUCCAAGCGGAGUAUUUUACGUCAAAGCGCAGCCUAGACACAAGAUAGGUAUGCAGAGUCAUUUUAAUAGUACGAAAAUGUAUGCUGGCCAGACGAUUGAGCUAGAGGCCUCUUUAAAAGAAAACAAGAUUGAGGAAUUUAAAUGGUUUAAGAGUAAUAAAAUCGUGAAAGAAGAUGCUCGAAUAAUAAUUUUGAAUGACAACAAAAACACAUCACUCUCCAUAAUAAAAGCAAAAGAGAAUGACUCUGGUAUUUAUCAAGUGGUUGGAAAAACUAAGUAUGGUGUAGAAUCUACUUUUGCUGAAGUAAAAGUGGUACCGAUGGGUGCAGAUAAAUCACCGAAAGAUGAUUACAUUCCACUUGUCGAUGAAACAUUUACUAAGAUCGAAGAAGCAUAUGAAGAAGAGGAAGCCAGGCUUAUAUUUAAAAUUUAUUUUGAUAACCACACUAAGUUCGAGUGGUUAAAAGAUGGCAAAGUAUUUGAACCUAACAAUGAGGUUCAGGUUCAAUAUUAUAACAGUCGUUAUAUUGCACUCAGAUUACUUAAUGCAAGGAUGAAAGACACCGGUACCUACCAGCUAACUGUCACCAACACAGUAACAGGUCGAUCAGACACGUGCGAGUGCGAACUACUGGUUAAAAGACUACCAAUACCGAAAUUAAUACCAGUCAAAAUAGUGGAACCCCUUAACUCCGCUGUCGCCUAUAUUGGCUCGGAAAUUGCAUUCAAGUGUAAAUUUGAGAUUGAAGAUUCACAAUUUUGCUGCGCCGUAUGGGAGGUUGGAGCAUAUAGAGUCGAAAGAUCCAGUAAUCAAUUUUAUGUUUUUUGCAGAGGCUCCGAAUUUUAUUUGCGUAUAAACGAAGUUGUGCCCGAUAUGGCAGGUUUAGUAUUUUGCAAAAUUUGUAAAGCAAUACCAAGAGAGAAAUCGGUAUCUCUCUGUACCUCUAUAGCAAAUCUUACUAUUAUUCCAAUAAUAAUGGGUGAAGGUAUUGCUACUAAGCUUAAACUUAGAAACAAAAUACCUGGGUUCUAUAACAGCGGAAUGAAAGAGGUUGUACUUGUAGAUCUCAUUAAAUCCCAAACAGACAAUGACGAAACAGACACUGGUGAAUCGUCAGGUUCGUCGACAACCCAAACUGAUUUGUCCAGCUCCAACUCACAAGGUGAAGGGGCGAGAGGAAAUGACGAAGUUAAACCGAACGCUUUGGAGAAGUCGGAGGAUCCAACGCUAGACAAUAUUAUGCCAUUGGAUAAUUUUGUAGUACAUGUGAAUCGUCUAUCACAUACAAGUGGACAUUAUAUGAUUGAGCCUGUGGAGUUUAAAGUAGAGUCAACAUCCUCCAUGACCACACCCUCGGAUGAAAACAACGAACAUUCGAUGAUAAUUACAUACAGCAAGCUAGACGAGUCUGUGUACUGGAUGGAAGCAAUUUCUACCCAUCCUGAGAUAUUUCGAAAAGUCACAGUAGAAAAUAAAAUACACGAGGAUGCGAACACACCCAGUGGAGAGGUCCAACGGCAAAAGGUCAUUCUUUUCCAAUGGAAAAAUCCCGCCGAUUACUGGUUUACAGUUGAAAUAUUAGACGCUAACGACUUCGAGGGAUCUGGGGUAACCAGUACUCCACAGUUCAAAUUGAGAGAUGCUCCAGUCGAGAGAAUCUUAAAAUUCCGCAUAUGCGCUCAGUGCCCCUCAAAUAAUUCUAACUAUUCUGUUUUUAUUGGUCUCAAAGUGAAAGAACCACCAUUAUCCAAAUCGAAGCAAUUGAAUAUACUGGCGAUGGAGAAUUUUAAGACAAUUUUUAAUGAAACCGGAGAUAAUUUGGGGCGUGGUGCGUUCGGGCAAGUCGAUUUAGUGAAGAGCUUUUCCGGAGAUUAUUAUGCAGCAAAAAAAAUAAAAACUAUACUCGACACAAAAAAGGCCAAAGCCUUGAGGGAGUACAAAUUAUUGAAUCGCUUGAGCCAUCCGAAGUUGGUCCAAAUGCAUUUAGCAUUUGCGGGAAAACAAAACAUCAUAUUAGUUAUGGAUUAUUUGUGGGGGGGAGAACUUUUCGAAAGGUUGGUACAGGAAGAUCACAUCAAUGAGUUUGACGUCAUUGUCUACGUACGUCAGAUAUGCGAAGCUCUUCAAUACAUUCACUCACAUAAUAUCAUCCACAUGGACAUAAAACCUGAGAAUAUACUUUGCGACAGUCCAAACACCCGGCUGGUGAAGUUAGCUGAUUUCGGCCUCGCACGUGUUUUACAAGAACAUGAUGAUAUAAGGGCCAUGUAUGGAACCAAAGAGUACGUGGCUCCAGAGGUACUAAAUUUCGAACCAUUGGCCACUAGCUGCGAUAUGUGGAGCUUUGGAGUGAUAACAUAUUUGCUACUUUCUGGAGUGAUGCCAUUCACCGGGUCUAACCCGUCUGAGGUCUCAACUGCAAUGACACGCGGUAAUUUCUAUUACGACGAUCCAGCAUUCAACAGCAUAAGUGAUCACGCAAAGGAUUUCAUAAAUAAGCUGAUACUGCCGCGUCCUGCCACUAGAAUGACAGCUUCAAUGGCUUUGAAGCACAAGUGGCUAAAUGAGGGUCCAACGGGGAGUUUCGGUUACCCUCUGAAGAAGACCAGAGACAAUCUCAGGGAUUAUCUGGCUAAAAACCGUGACAGGUGGCAGAGGGCCGGAAACGUAGUGAUCGCAGCUCACCGCUUGCGCAACGCAGCUUUACAAAAGACCCAGAUUGAAGAACAUACUUAAAUAUUCAUCAUUAUAUUCGUGUUGUGUUCAUCCUAUUCCGGAGACGGGUCCAAGAAGUAGAAAAAUGUUAUAAUCGCAAUGCUGGGUUUCUAGAGCCGGUUGGGCGAAAGUCAAAGCCAAAGACACAUUAGUUCUAUAACCAGUUUCGUAAAUGUAUCUAAUAGCGAAAUCUUGUUAUAUAAAGAUUUACUUCAAAAGUACUCUCACUGUGGUAGAUAACUGUUAUUUCAAUGUUGCAAAUAAAUUUACUAUUUAUAUACUAGAUGUGAUGCAAACAAUUUUAUUCCUUUCAAGUGUAUUUGACAUAAAGCGAAUCAUUUAAAACACGAAUUAACUUUUAUUGUAACGUUUUCAUGAUAUUUUGGCAUAUCUGUUUCGGUUGUGUUUGAUGUAUUAGUAAGUAUUUUUUACGCAAACAGCUAUUUUGUCCAUCGUUCUUAUAUCUAUUUCUCAGUUAGUAAAGUAAAUGAUAAGUUAACUUUUGUAUGUCAAAUACUAGAUCUUGAUAGAGGUAGAGAAACUAUAAUAUUCUCUUAAAAUUAAUGAGUAUAUUUCGUAAAUUAAACGAAAACUAUCUUGUAGUUGAUAAACCUUUGAUUGAAAAAUAUUACGUUCUCCUCCAGAGGAGAUUGAUCUUACCUUACCUUACUUGAUACCAUUUAAUAUAACCCUGAAGUAAGUUAUAUUAAAGCCGGCAACGCACUCGCGAGCCCUCUAGCAUCGAGAGUGUCCAUGGGCGGCGGUAUCACUUAACAUCAGGUGAGCCUCCUGCCCGUUUGACCCCUGUUCUAUAAAAAAAAAACCUCUUAGCUCAGCAUGCACGCGACGGUUGAUGAUCCAUCUUGUUAGUUUACCUAACUAAUAAUUUAUUAUAUAAUUGUGAUGAUUAUCAUGAAAAUCAUUUUUCAUGUAUCUAACCAAAAAUUGAUUAAACGACUGUAAGUAUGGUUGUUUUAUGAGGUGUUUUGAAAACUCUAAAACAAAAUGAAUAAUAUAUACUCAAUCAUUAAAUUGGUGUGCUACAAUGACAUAUAAUUGUAUAGACGUAGUUAUAUAUUCUUAAAAGAAUAAAUGUUUUACUGUACCAAUGUUAUAUAAAUUAUAUUGCUGUUAUGUCUUAAAUCCAAUGUUACAUGUGGUUCUAUUUAUAAAAUAUUUUUCUUAUAUUCUUGUAAAGCUGAAGUUGACGAAGGCUUUGACAGUUAUCGAGGUGUUAACACGACAUAUUUGCUGUUAUUCAGCAUCACGUUUAUUGAAUAUUGAUGUGAAAAUUGAUGUUAUUUCAAAAUAAAGGAUAUAAAACUAAUUUAUCUUCUUAUUCUUACCAGACUUACAGGUAACUUGUGAAGAACCAGCUACGUUCCAGGCCGUUGUAGGAAUUUUGUUAAAUUAAAAUUAAAAUUGAAAUAUUGAUAAAUGAAAAAGUCCAAUAGU